UCUGACUCAGAGCUCCGGUAAACUCAUGUCACCACCAGUAGCUCAGAAGGAGCUGAGAGGGGAGAUACGCUGCUGCCCGACCGGGGCACAAGUCAGUAUGUUCCGCUUAAAAAGCUCACAUUUUAAACUAAUGGUUUAUUACCAUUAAGCAAGGACAGAAAGGAGACAAUUUCGGCUCUUGCUGGCCAAGCGACACAGAUGAGUCUGCGGCCUCUCCGGCGAUUGUAACGCGUCUUUGUUCGGUUUUGUGGGGCAUCUCUCCUUCACCUCCACAAUGGAGAAGGAGCACCGGUCGGACGACGAGGGAGAUUAUGAGGAAGAGGAGGUGGACCCCAGAAUACAAGGAGAACUGGAGAAGCUGAACCAAUCCACUGAUGACAUCAACAGAUGUGAAAUAGAACUUGAGGAUGGGAGGCAGAAGUUUCGCUCCGUUCUGGUGGAAGCCACGGUGAAGCUGGAUGAGCUGGUGAAGAAGAUCGGGAAACCUGUGGAAGAAUCGAAACCCUACUGGGAGGCUCGCAGAUUGGCCAGACAGGCUCAGCUGGAGGCCCAGAAGGCCUCUCAGGACUUCCACAGAGCCACUGAGGUUCUGCGUGCUGCAAAGGAGACAAUCUCCCUGGCCGAGCAGAGGCUGCUGGAGGAGGACAACCGUCAGUUUGACUCCGCCUGGCAGGAGAUGCUGAACCACGCCACUCAGCGGGUGAUGGAGGCAGAGCACACCAAGACGAGAAGCGAGCUCUUACACAAGGAGACGGCUGUGAAAUACUCAGUAGCUACUGGUUGCAUGAAGCAGCUGGAGAAGAAACUGAAACGAACCAUCAGCAAGUCCAGACCCUACUUUGAGAUGAAGGCAAAGUUCUACCUGCAGCUGGAGAACCUGAAGAAGAACGUCGACGAUCGCCAAGCCAAGCUGACCGAGGCCAAAUGCAAGUACAAGACAGCCCUGAGGAACCUGGAGAUGAUUUCUGACGAGAUCCACGAGCGGCGCCGAAGCUCCAUAAUGGGCCCACGGGGACCCGGCGUUGGCGCCGAGGGCGACGCCAUUUCUGGGGAUGAGAUCUCCAGCUUUAGGAUGGAGUCAGAUGAAAUAUCCAUGGCCUCAGAGUGUUUUGACGAUGAGCCGUGCAGCGGAGGCAGCCUCUUGUCUGAGGAGGACUCAGAGACUCGCUCCACCUGCAGCCUCGGCUCGACUCCCAGCAGCCCCCAGGAGCUGCUGUCACCGUGUCCCUUUGUCAGCUCUUCCUCCUCCGGCAUGUCAUCAUCCUCCUCUCCAUCACCCACACCCUCCUCUUCCUCCUCCACGUCCUCCCCAGCUCUUCUGUCCAGGCCCUGCAGUCUGGACCUCCCCAGCACCGUGUCUCUGUCGGACUUUGGCCUCAUCUCGCCGGUUCUCGGGCCUCGCAGCGAAUGCAGCGGGGCGUCCUCGCCUGAAUGUGACCUAGAAAGAGGCGACCGGGCUGAAGGUGCUGAGGAGGAUCUGGACAACACUCCAGCUGGAAACAACAACUCAACUUCUACCAUCAAGAAGACUUUUAGCCUGGAGUCACGCUUCAGCUUUCUCAACCUGCGGCGCCCACGAGUCAAGGACAGCUGUUCCCAGAAAGGAGAGACGGGGCAACCCGUUGUUCUCGUGAAAGGAGUCUGAGGAGCAGAAGAACUUGCCACUACUCCAUUCCACCUCUAAACUCCAUGUUCAAUCUAUGAAUGUGAUAUAUGGUGUAAAUUAAGCUUUCUGUACCUUUAGCACACACCUGGACUCUUAUGGUGAUUAGAUAGAGCACUGAUUGUUUAGUUUUCAUUCCUCUUCUGAAAACGUUGACAUCACAAAGCGGAAGUCACCAGCUGCCUACAUACGUGUGACCUGGAUCAACCUGCUAUAGAUUUAAAGACAGGCUAACAACACUUGGCAUGUUGUAGGAGAGGGAGGGGGGGGGGAGAUGUUUUAAAGGUCAACUUUUAAAGCAAAAGUUACUGCAGAUAAAAUCUACUUUUUAGCUUUCUGCUCUUUACUCCUGUGUUUAAUUGGUUGUAUUUUCUGAUUUUAUGUAUGUGAAAAGGAUGUUAAAAAAUUAAAGUGUAAUAAAGAAUA